AUGACCGAACAUGCACACUGGCGACAUAUUCCAGGCACACAAAAUCCAGCAGACUGUGCCUCACGAGGCAUCACCACAAAACAGUUAGAAGAGAGUAACUUAUGGUGGAAUGGACCGCCAUGGUUACGUCUAUCUGAAGAUCACUGGCCAAAACAGAAACACGAAGCCGACGAGUUAUGCGAACAAGAGGCUCGUCCUGGUAUCACGUUAGUUGCAACGCAAGCUGAGAAAGAUUAUUCUUGGCAAUUAGUACACAAGUAUUCAUCAUGGACAAAGUUACUUAGAAUCACGUCCCACGUUAUAAGAUUUAUUUCUUUGCUUAAAAGAAAGCCAGUUCAACAACACCAAUCCAUAAUGGAAGCUAAAAAAUACUGGAUAAGAACAACGCAGUCAAUUUUCUUUAGUCCAGAAAUAAAUGCACUCCAGAAAAACGUAAAACUUUCUCCAGCUCACCAAUUCAACAAGCUUACAGCAUUUAUUGACUCUGAAGGAAUAAUACGAGUUGGUGGUAGAUUAGAAAAUUCUCCGUUAAACUACGAAAGUAAACAUCAAGCAAUUCUACCACGAGUAUCACGUGUAACACAACUAAUAAUUGACCACGCACACAACUUGACACUCCAUGGUGGUACUCAAUUAACUCUUGGUCAUAUUCGCCAAAGUUAUUGGAUCAUUGGGGGCAGAUCAAGUGUUAAGUCUCACGUGCUCAAAUGUGUAGUGUGUUCUCGACAGAGGGGGAUCCGUGCCCAGCAACAGAUGGGCCAACUACCUCCCUCCAGAGUUACACCUGCACGAGCUUUUACACACACAGGCGUCGAUUAUGCAGGACCACUUACACUGAAAACAUGGAAAGGACGAGGUGCAAAAAUAGUUAAAGGAUGGAUAUGUGCAUUCGUCUGCAUGACAACUUCAGCAGCUCACUUGGAAGUUGUUUCAGACUAUUCAACAGAGGGCUUUUUAGCCAUUUUCAAACGAUUUACGUCACGAAGAGGAAUUCCUGCACACAUAUACUCCGACUGUGGCACUAAUUUCGUCGGCGCAGAUCGUGAAUUAAAAAAGUUAUUCACUCAGCACACAAAAGAAAAUGAAUCGAUUCACACAGUGACACUAGAACACGCAAUACAGUGGCAUUUCAAUCCUCCAGCAGCACCACAUAUGGGUGGAAAAUGGGAGGCCCUGAUCAAGUCUACCGAGUUUCAUCUUAAACGUACUGUUGGGGAUGCAAAGCUUACUUAUGAAGAGGCAGUAACACUUUUAGCUCAGAUAGAAGCUAUAUUAAAUUCAAGGCCACUAGAACCACUCAGUGAUGAUCCAACAGAUCUAAUGACACUAACACCUGGUCAUUUUUUGAUAGGCUCAUCACUUAAUUCAGUACCAGAACACAGCUUGUUAGAUUUAAAAACUAACAGGCUAUCCAGAUGGCAAUUCAUCCAGCAACAAGUACAACAAUUCUGGAAACAAUGGUCAACUCAGUAUCUCCAUAGACAACAAUCUAUCUCGAAAUGGCAUCAUAGUAACAACAACAUAUUAAUUGGUUCUUUAGUUCUUAUUUCAGACGAACGAACUCCACCAGGUACCUGGCCAUUAGCCAGAGUAACACGUCUAUUUCCAGGAGCAGAUGGUCACACGCGAGUGGUAGAACUGAAAACCGCUACAACAACAUUAACCAGACCUAUAGCCAAGCUGGUCAUUCUUUACACACCAAGUACAACAUAA